CCCCAUCCUUUCUCUCAUCUCACCUCCCUCAGCUUAAUUCAGACAAGAAUCCCCUAACCACUUUUCCGAAUCGGACUCUCCUGCUUUCGGUGCAAACCGAACCAAACGCUCAUAAAAAGGGAAGGAGCAAAAAAUCUUUUGCCGCGAAAAUAAAUCCAAAUCCGACGAGCAGAUUAAGCUUGAUCCCCUUCUUGCCGCCGCCGCCGCCGGAGGCGGUGAUGGGCGGCGCGGCGCCGUUGCUGCCGUCGUGGAGGGCGGCGGCGGCGGCGUGGGUGGCGCUGUGCCUGGUCCCCGUGGUGCUGUCGCUGGCGGUGCUCUGGCUGCCGCUGCUCUGCUGCGCGGUGGCCGUCUUCAGGUUCCGGCGGGUGAGGAUGAUGAGGUCGUCGGCGGCGACGGGUGGUCGCCGCCGGUGCGGCGGAGGGGGAGGAGGACGGUGGCCGGAGAAGGGGGAGGGGGAGGAUUCCGGCGGCGAUCGGGGGAUGCUGCUGCAGAAGUAUCUCGAGGAUCAGAUGGAGCUCGUCGGAGAGUUCGCCGCCGAUCCACCACCGGUAGAAUCGUAGCCAGAAAGGGAAAAAAAAUCUCUCUCUUUUUCUUUUUUUGGGGUUCUUUUUGGGAAAUCUGUAGCUUGUAAAUGGUGAUAGGAAGAGAUCUGAGCUUGCAGGAACAUGAGAAAUUAAUUUAAAAAGCAAUUAAAUUAGAAAUUAGGAGUCCAAUUCGAGCAAAUUUUGUUGCUGAUUUGCGGUUUCUUGCUCUUGUUGAUUUGUAAUUAAUUAAUUGUACAUGAAACUGAACUGCUUGUAUGAUGAGUGAUUGUAGCAGAUUAAUUGAUUGCACAUGGAACUGCUUGUUGUUCGAU